CACGGCACUAUAUCCUGAGGCUUCCCAGAAAUACGCUAUAUAGUAUACUCUCCACCCCGUGAUUCGUCCCCGCAUACCGCAUCGUAAAUAAGCAACCCACUAGCAGCCCACAACUAUCACCCCUCGACCCGCCAUGUCGAAACCUGCUUCCGCCGCCAAGCCUGUAUCUAGAGCUCCUGAGACUGUCCAUCCGGCUGUCUUGGGCAAGCUGAUCACUUUUGCGGUUUUGAUGGCAGUCGUUCCUAUAGGAACGUACUUUGGUUCGCUAAACUACAUUUGGGAAGGCUCAACCACGUUCUCUGCUAUCAGCGCUAUUGUGGCUGCCAACUUGAUUCUUGUGGGGUACGUGGUGCUGGCGUUCAAGGAGGAUCUGGGCGAUGACAAGAAGCCUGUGGGAGAGAAGAAGAAUAUAUAGUCCCGAGUACAUUCGAUGCAUCUCUUUCGCCUUA